AUGCUUUUCACCUGGCUGAAGAUUGGAAAGGAAAUUAAUAGGACGCGCCGGGCGCCCACUUUUCUUUUUGGAACAUGUUCCUCGCUUGUCUUUGAUCCGGUGGAGAAGAAGUAUUUUGGGUUUUGCUCCAAAACUAUGCUGUUCGGAAACGUUCACAGCGUGACGGAAUGGCUUCAGGUUGCCCAGUUUGUAGCUUUCUGCGUGCGGUGGCUCUUCUACGCCCCUCACACAGUCUACUUCGAUGACCACAGUGGCACAACUUUCCGGGCGACCAGGGUGUUGCUUAUUCGGGCGGUGAUUUUCCUCCUGGAAUCCUUUGGAUUCCCCUGGAAAAUGAAGAAAAUUAAGUGUGGGGCCUAUGAGGUCCCGGUGCUUGGGCUGAGCUUCGACCUGCGGGGCCAGCCCUCCAUGCAGCUCAGUCCGGAGAAGGCGGAACGGCUUCGGGAGUAUUUGGCUACGGUGUUGAAGGCUGGAACCCUUUCGCCGGCAGACGCUUCCAGCCUGGUCGGGCGUUUUCUGUUUCCGCUCACAUUAACUAUUGGGCGGCGGGUCAAUGGGUUGUUGAAGUCUCUUUUCCGUCGGGCGUCGCACCCCCACCGAUCAUGUGCUUUGGAGCUGUCCAAGACGGCUGUUUUCUCCCUCGGGUUCAUGCGGGAGUGCCUUGCUCAUCUUCCACCGGUACUUUUUCGGGCUGUUGACCUCCCUUCGGUCAUCGUGUACACAGACGCUAGCUGGCGGAGGGGCAAGGGCUGGGUAGCAGGCGUGCUUCCGGUGGGCGACCUUUUCUACAUCUUUCGCUACCCGGUUUCCCGGGACAUGCUUGGUGGCGCUUCGUGGGCGUCUUUCCCGAUAAAUGUGCUGGAGACGUUGGCGCCUGCCCUUGCGCUCUGGCACUUCAGAUCCUUCUUUUCCCACCACCGGGUGGUCUUUCGCAUCGACAACUCGACAGCGGUGGCGGCAUUGCGGAAUGCCUCGGGCGGGUCGACCGCGAUUUCUUUGAGUUCCAGCCUCUUCUGGAGCCGUGUUGCGGUUUCCGGGUGCUCUCCGGUUUCGGAAUGGAUUGCUUCGGGCGACAAUACGGCCGACAUUCCGACGAGAGACGACAUGUGGGAUCUCUUUUAUCGCCAGCGGAAGGAGUUUGUUCGUCUCGUGUCAUCCGAUGAAGGGGCCCGUAUAUUGCAGGAGGACAUCACGGCUGCUACCAUGGUGGAUGAGGAUUUAUCGCAUUUUCUCGAAGGCUUAGAUUUUGACGCUUUACUAUCACCGGCGUAG